UUGUUGAGCUUAGCUUAGCUUAGCUUCUCUCUCUCUCUCUCUUAAAUGAAGCUAUUUCUCUCUCCUCCUCCAUUUCUCCCCCAUAUUCAGCUUUCCCACCUCGAUUUUCUCUCUCUAGACUUCUCUCUCUCUCACUAAGAUUCCGCUUUUUGUUUCUCCCCUUUUUUUUCUCUCUCUCCCAAAAUCAGCCUCUGUCUAUGCAUAUCUAUACAUGUGUGUAUAUAUAUUUAUAAAUUAUUUCUUGUCUUCACCAUCAAUUUUCGCUCUCUCUCUCUCUCUCUCUCUCUCUGCAAUUCUGUGAAGAAAUAAAUUUGUAUUUUUGAAUAAUUUUUUGUUUUUUGAGGAAGAAUUCGUGAUGCCGGCUGCGGCUUCAAUCGAGCCGGCGGUUCCGGAAUCUUCGUCAGUAUGUUCUUCGCCAUUGUGGCGCGUUGUUCCAGAAGGAUCUUCCACCGAGAAUCGUCGUUUCGCCGAUCUCAGAGGUGUUCAGUGGCGUAUCGAUUUGGGGAUUUUGCCCUCUUUAUCUUCUUCCUCCUUCGAUGAUCUUCGCCGAGUUACCGCUGAUUCUCGUCGGAGAUAUGCUGGUUUGAGGAGGCGUCUCCUAGUUGAGCCACACAUUCCCAAGGAUGGAAGCAAUUCUCCUGAUCUUGUUAUGGAUAACCCGCUGUCACAAAACCCAGAUAGCAUUUGGGGACGCUUCUUUCGGAAUGCUGAACUGGAGAGAAUGGUUGACCAAGAUUUGUCCCGUUUAUAUCCUGAACAUGGAAGCUACUUCCAGACACCGGGAUGCCAAAGCAUGUUGAGACGUAUUUUGUUGUUGUGGUGUCUUAGACAUCCAGAAUAUGGCUACCGACAAGGAAUGCAUGAACUCUUGGCUCCUCCGUUAUACGUUCUGCAUGCUGAUGUGGAGCAUCUUUCUCAAAUGCGAAAGCUCUAUGAAGACCAAUUCGUUGAUAAAUUUGAUAGCUUCACAUUUGACGAGAGUGAUUUAACAUAUAAUUUUGAUUUUAAGAAGUUUUCUGAAUCUGCACAAGAUGGGAUUGGCUCACAAACACGUCCAGUGAAGGUUAGCAGUCUUGAUGAACUUGAUCCCAAGAUACAAGAUCUUGUAUUGCUUAGCGAUGCUUAUGGAGCUGAAGGUGAAUUGGGGGUUGUCCUGUCCGAGAAAUUUAUGGAGCAUGAUGCUUAUUGUAUGUUUGAUGCUUUGAUGAGUGGGGCCGGAGGUGCAGUUUCCAUGGCGGAAUUUUUCACACCUUAUCCUUUAACCGGCUCACAUACUGGGUUACCUCCUGUGAUUGAAGCUUCUUCUGCAUUGUACCAUCUGCUUUCGAUUGUUGAUGCGUCUCUUCACAGUCACCUUGUUGAGCUCGGGGUAGAACCCCAGUACUUUGCACUCCGCUGGUUACGGGUUUUAUUUGGGCGUGAGUUCACACUUGAGGAUCUGUUAAUAGUCUGGGAUGAAAUAUUUGCAUAUGAUAAUAGUAAAAUAAGUGAUUAUGCUGAUGAUGAUGGGUCCACCUUUGCGGUCCUCAGUUCACCUAGGGGAGCAUUCAUUUCAGCUCUUGCAGUGUCGAUGAUACUUUACCUGAGAUCUUCCCUACUUGCUACCGAGAAUGCUACUACUUGUCUUCAGAGAUUGCUGAACUUUCCAGCCGACAUAAAUCUGAAGAAAAUAAUAGCAAAGGCAAAAUCUUUGCAGGUUCUAGCACUGGAUGCUAAUAAGUCUACACCAUUGCCAAUGCAUACUGGGGCUUAUUUUGACCGAAGUAAAUCAGUGGCUGUGAGAGGUCAUAGCCUAUCAUCAGGUUCUACUUCUCCAAGAACUCCUCUGAGUUUGGUACCCGACAGCUAUUGGGAAGAAAAGUGGAGAGAUCUGCACAAGGCAGAACAACUUAAACAAAGUAGUUUAGAAAAACAAGUGCCUAAACAAAAAAAGGGUUGGUCGGAAAAAGUGAGAGUGAGUCUAUCUAGAGCUGAAUCUGACCCAUCCCCAUCAAAGGUUGACAGCAGUAAAAAAGAACCCGAACCAUCCGUGAGAAGAAGUUUGCUGGAGGAUUUGUCCAGGCAGCUUGGAUUGGAGGAAGAUUCAGCAAAAAUAUUAUGUAAUGAAGAUUUGGGUCAGAAAGACGUUGCUGAAGAGGGAUGUUUGAGUGGCAAUGGUGGCAGUGAAGAGAACUCUUGUACUUUCUCAGAUUCACCAAGUCCUAAUUACCAAGAAAAUCAAUCUGAGAGAAGUAGUGUUGCGUCAAAUUUAUUUAUUGAUGAAAAUGAUGAUGAAUCCAACAAUGUUGAGUUGUGUAGGACCCUUGAGGGAGACUCACCUCUUCCAGUCUCUGAUCCUCCAGAGGAUGGCUUUUUGAAAUCUGGACUGAAUGAAGAUUCUGUAGGAAACAACACAACAACUAGAAUGGAUUCUCCAGAGAAUGUUUGUUUGAAAUCUGGACAGAAUGACGAUACUAUGGGUAAACCACGGAAGCUUGUGUCUGGUAAAUUCCAGUGGUUUUGGAAGUUUGGACGGAAUAGUGGUGAGGAGGGGACAUCUGAAAGAAGUGUCUCCAAAGCUACGAAAGCUUCCAUUGGUGCAAGUGAUCAUCAGAGUAAUGAAGAAGCCUCUUCAAUGGUAAAUGUAUCUACCAACUCUUCUUUAAGUAGCAAAGGUGAUACUGUGGACCAGAAUGUAAUGAUCACAUUGAAGAAUCUUGGUCAGUCCAUGCUCGAGAAUAUUCAGGUAAUCGAGUCGGUGUUCCAGCAAGAGAGGGGACAAGUAGAGAACUUGUCUAAAAAUGUUCUUGUGGGCAAAAGACAAGUUACAGCGGUGGCGGCUCUCACGGAGCUUCGGAAAAUUAGCAACCUUUUAUCAGAGAUGUGAGGUUGAAAUUAUUUUUAUAGGUAAUAAUAAGCUGUAAAUACCCAUUUUGUAAUUACUGAUAUUAUUAUUAGUCUUUCUCCAAGUCCCAAAUAAGUGAGUUUCUUCUGCUUCUCAUAUUUUUACUUCUCCCCUCACCCUCAUCCUCCCUGCAAUUCAAAUUCUGUUUCAGAGUGUUAGAUACCAAUGUGUAAAUAUGACUUGCUUAUUGUAAUAUUUGAUUGAGAAUUGUAUUUUCUUUAUGAAAAAUUAGAGCAGCUAUUUAAUCA